UGAGGUAAAUUCAAUUUUCAAUUCUAGGGAACCUUUAAGAUAUUCCAUGGUGUGCCUCAGUUGUGUACUGUCAUCUGGGCCAUAUACCUCAAUACAAAUGGUGAUCUAAAAGACAAUUCCCUCCAAUUCGAAAACCAUGGCUAAACAUAUGGUGAGAUGUUGGCCCACAUGUGCUCAGCCGCUAUAUCUAGGCCAGAUAUGAUGCCAUCUGCCACAUUUGGCCCAAAGGUGUUUCAGUCAUGUGCACGAGAGUCACGAUGAAGAUCUUCACUCCGCUUUGUGUUUUUCUUCUUUAUUGGAUUUUGCCUUCAAUUCAAGCAGAGAGACAUUCGCUGUAUUACAUUUACACGGCCUUGUCUAAACCUGUGGAUCUGCCGGGCAUCUAUGAAUUCAGUGCUAUGGGUCUGCUGGACGACACACAGAUCGACUAUAACAAUAGUGAAGAAAAGAGAAAGAGUCCCAAACAGCCCUGGGUUAAAGAGAAAAUGCUGGAGGAUUACUGGGAAAAAGGCAAUCGGUCCAGAAAGAGUAAAGAACAGUGGUUUAAUGUGAAUGUCCAGAUUCUGAUGGACCACAUGAGACAGUGUUUCAGGUGACAAACAUUCACACAGUUUAACCUGAAUAUGAUUUUUAUUAUCACUUUUUUUUUUAUCAUGUUUGUGUUUAUAAAGCAUAUACAUUUGUAUUUUUUUUAUAGACUCUUAUUCCUCAUCUGGUAUCAUUUAAAGCCACACUAAAAUU